GCGGAAGUCGUAUUCCUCCUACCUUAUGUCCCUGUCCAACAUGUCUCCCUCGCAGAGGAGUCUGUGUCAGUAGUGUGGGUUUUUUCUCCGUGGAUCCUCCGCCGUGUGUCAGCACUGGGCCAGCAGGUCGAGUUAGCCAGAACCCAGAACCGCAGCAGCAUCAUCAAUGGUGUGUUUACAUCCGAGAGUCGUCACGUUCUGCUGUGUCCGCUCAAUGACCUCUGACCUCCUCAGCUGGCAUCACGGCUGCACCUGCAUGGCGUUUGCGAAGCUGGGAGGAGCGUUCUGCCAAGCUCAGCACCUGCUGCUCAUCGUGGACAAGUGAAGAGGAGGACGCGCCGUCUCUCCCAGGUCCAACCCGCCGUCCUGUCGAAGACAUAUGAAGACGAGCCAAUUGUCAGCCUGUGCCGUGUUCUGGAGGCGGAGCUUCUGCUGCCAGCCAAUCCUCGCCGCUCCUUCUUCUCUCUAGAGGAAGAGGCCGAUCCAACGGCCAGUCUCUGUUGCCAACUGCUGUCUGUCCCGCUGGUUCUAAUCCAGUUGCUGGUUUUGAUCCGCUGCUAGCAGCUAGUCGGUCCAGACGGUGAAGAUGAACCGCCCAGCGCCAGUGGAGAUCUCCUUCGACUGUCUGCGUUUCCUCAUCACGCACAACCCCACCGAUGCUCAGUUGGGGAAGUUCAUCGAGGAGCUGAAGGCGUACGGCGUCACCACCCUGGUGCGGGUUUGCUCUGCCACGUAUGACCAGGCGCCGCUAGGCCAGGAGGGCAUCCAGGUUCUGGAUUGGCCGUUCAAUGAUGGCUCCGCCCCCCCGGAGCAAGUGGUCGAUGAUUGGCUGAACCUGCUGCAGGUGAAGUUCAGGGAGGAGCCGGGCGGCUGCGUGGCGGUGCACUGCGUGGCCGGACUGGGCCGCGCUCCGGUUCUGGUGGCUCUGGCGCUGAUCGAGUGUGGGAUGGAGUACGAAGACGCGGUCCACCUCAUCAGACAGAAGCGGCGCGGCGCGCUGAACGCCAAGCAGCUGCACUUCCUGGAGAACUACCGACCCAAACUCUGCCUGCGCUCCAAGGACGCCAAUGGCCAGAGCUGCUGUCUGCAGUAGGCCCAACGGAACCGGGUCGGCAGAACCCUCUUCAUGGAAACCAGUUUUGAUUCAUUCCUCAUGCAAUUCAGACCCGGUUCUGAUCCGUUGGUUCUCACAGGUCUCAACCAGCCUCUGUCUGCUCCUAUAGCUCCCCUGCUGCUCAGUUUGACCUUUGACCCCUCCUCAUUCCUCUGGUUCUGAUCCAGAAAAACCCAAAAAUGUUGAAUAAAGUUGUUUAUGCUGAAACUUUUCUAGCAAUCUGUCCAGAACCUCCAGUACCCGCCCACAGGUCAGCACAGCCAAUCAGCUGAUACCGCAUUGGUUGCUAUUGGAUUGCCUUUUCCAUGGAAAGUUCUUUCACUUCCUGUGAAAUAAUUUAACAUUGACCUUCAAAAUAAAGUUACAAACUAAAUA